AUGAUGAACUAUACGCCGCACGCGGGCGCAAAGGUGGCCGACAUCCUCGCGCUCGAAAAUAUCAGGCGGCAGCUCAUCCGUCUUGAGGACACGAUCAUUUUCUUGGUCAUCGAGCGCGCACAGUUUGCACACAAUCCCAAGAUCUAUGAGGUGGGCGCGUUCAAGGAAGAGAUGGGUUUCGAAGGGUCUUGGCUGGACUGGUUCCUCCUCGAGACGGAGAGGACUUGUGCCAAGGCGCGUCGUUACACGAGCCCCGACGAGCACCCCUUCACACCCAUCGAGCAGCUGCCCAAGCCCAUUAUCACGCCGCAAAAGUACCCCGCGCUGCUGCACGAGCCAGCUGCCAGGCACCCCAGCGUCAAUGUCAACCACCGCAUCCUCGACUUUUACGUCAACCACCUCGUGCCCGGCAUCACCGAGGCGUCGCCGGGAUCACCGCGGCGCACAGCCAACGGAACCGUGAGCAAUCCCAUCAACCCACUCGACGACGGCAACUACGGCAGUGCCGCGACGCGUGACGUCGAGGCGCUACAGGCGAUUUCGCGGCGUAUCCACUUUGGCAUGUUCGUCUCCGAGUCCAAGUUCCUCGCUGCGCCCCACGACUUUAUCCCCCACAUCCUCUCCAACCCACCCAACACUGAGGCGCUGGCUGGCCUGAUCACCAAGCCCGAAGUCGAGGCCAAGCUGCUCAUUCGCCUGGCCAACAAGGCGAGGGUUUACGGCUGCGAGAUGGAUGCGGAUGGGCGCGUCAUCCCCAUCCCCGACCAGGAGCUGGGGCUGCGCGGCAAGAUCGAUGUCGACCAGAUCGUCCGCCUCUACCGCGACUGGGUGAUCCCCCUAACCAAGGAUGUCGAGGUCGACUACCUCCUGCACCGGCUGGACGGAGUGUCGCAGGAACAGAUUGACAAGUGGAUGGCUGGAGCAAAGGUCAACGGCAAGUAG